AUGGAUAACAAUUUCGAGAACUAUCAUCAUCAUCAUCAAUGGCGUCCAGGACCAGCACAGCCCAACAUAUGCCCGAUUUGUUCAGCACCGCACUUCCCUUUCUGCUCACCGUAUCCUCCGUCUUCCUUUUCGCACAACCCUAACUUCCUUCCUGCUCACCUCAACUCACCUCGUCCUGGAUUCGAUUCGUUCACCGGACCACCGAUUAGACCGCAAAAUCACUAUCCGAUCGGUGAUCCAAGACCAUGGCAAGCUCACCACGGAAAUCAAUGGCGACCGGUUUCUGACUAUCGUAGUGGCGUUGAUUGUGACAGGGAAGUUGAUCGGAGCUAUAAGAGAGCUCGGAUUGAUGCGAUCGGUGGUGGUUCUCCUGGCUAUGGUGUUUCUGGGACUGAUGGUUAUCACAGUCCUCGGAUCCCGUGGGAGAAUGAGCGGAGGUUGAAGAUGGUUCACGAUCAUGGUUACGGUUUAACUGCUCCACCUCCUGGAAAUCAAGAUGGUUAUAAUCUGGAGAUGAAUCAUCAGUAUGGGAGGAACAAAUUUAGGAAUGGAGGUCAAUUUAAUGGCGUAGCUCCUCCGCCUCAUCAUCCACCGCUCCCGGCGGCGGCGUACGGAGGCUAUUACGGAGGUCCUAAUGGUCAGCCUCCUCUUCCGGUCUCCCCACCACCGCCUUUGCCUCCAUCUCAUCCUUCUUCCCUGUUUCCUAAUUCGUCUGCAACGGUCCCUCCAUCAUCAUCAUAUCCUCAAAUGCCAAAUGCUUCUCCAUCUUCUGCACAAUUAGCACCAACUCGGUCUAAAGUGAUUGAUGUGUCUCAUUUGCUGAAGCCUCCUCAUCGAUCAACUCGUCCUGAUCAAUUUGUAAUUAUCCUUCGAGGACUACCAGGUAGUGGGAAGAGUUAUUUAGCCAAGUUGCUGCGUGACAUCGAAGUAGAAAAUGGUGGUAGUGCUCCAAGAAUUCAUUCUAUGGAUGAUUAUUUCAUGACUGAAGUUGAAAAGGUUGAUGAGAGUGAUUUAAGCUCUGGCAGUGGCAGAAGCAAGAGACCUGUCGUGAAAAAGGUCAUGGAAUACUGCUACGAACCUGAUAUGGAAGAGGCGUAUCGUUCAAGCAUGCUGAAAGCUUUUAAGAGGACUCUUGAAGACGGGGCUUUCAGCUUUGUAAUCGUGGAUGACCGCAAUCUGCGGGUGCCUGAUUUUGCUCAGUUUUGGGCAACAGCAAAGAGAUCUGGAUAUGAAGCUUACAUAUUGGAAGCAGCAUACAAGGACCCAACUGGAUGUGCAGCAAGAAACGUACAUGGCAUCACACUAGAUCAAGUGCAGCAGAUGGCAGAUCAAUGGGAAGAAGCUCCAUCGUUGUACAUGCAACUGGAUAUCAAGUCUUUUACGCGGUGGGAUGACCUGAAAGAAAAUGGAAUCCACGAGGUGGAUAUGGACAUGGAAGAUGAUUUUGGAGUGCCAGAAAGAAAAUCCGAUAACAACACCCAGUCAGAAGGAAAGGGUGUGACAGAAAGGUCUUACACAAGUGAUAGUAAAUGGGAAGCAGAACCUAACUCCCAUAAAGAAGAAGUGAAAGAACUAAGCAGAAGUAAAUGGUCGAAUGUAGAGGAAGACGAGGAAACAGAGAAAUCUCGAAGUAGAAGAGGAAACUCAAAAUCCCUUUCCAGGUCAAGCCAAGAACGCUCGCGGAAAGGCAAAACUGUUUGGUGGGGCGAUAAGGGUGGAGACGCGGGUUUUUCGAUUGGUGCUGCGAGGAAUAUGAACAUGCCUUCUUUAGUUAUUGGUCCUGGAUCAGGAUACAACUUGAAAUCGAAUCCUCUAUCAGAAGAAGAGAGUCGUGCGCUCGCUGAUGCAAUUGGAAAAGCAAAGGUAAGAGGAAUUUUCCAGGAUCAGCUUAGAGCAGAGCGUGAGUCUUUCAAAGCUGUUUUUGACAAGAGACAUGUACGAAUCGAUUCGAAGGACGAGUAA